GUGUUUUCUCGGGUCCUGACAACGCUCGUCUGGAUGAGUUUUUGAAGGCUGCUGGCCURUUAAGAGAACAGUUCAGAUUUGCCCACAUCACAGAUCUGCAGAUAGCCAAGGAGCACGUUAGCUCCGAGAGUGUGUUGCUGUUCAGACCUCCUCGACUGGCCAGCACCUUUGAGGACAGUUUUGUUGUUUUUAAAGAUYAUCUGACUAUCAGCUCUCUGAGGCGCUUCGUCAGAGAUCACAUCUUUGGUUUGUGUCCUCACAUGACCAUGGAGAACAGAGAUCGUCUGAGAGUUCGAGACCUCCUGACCGCRUAUUACGACUUGGAUUAUUAUCACAAUGUCCGAGGAUCCAACUACUGGAGGAACAGAGUGAUGAAGGUGGCAUCCCAAUACASUGGGCGUGGCUUAAUGUUCUCAGUAGCCAAUAAGAAAGACUUCCAAGCUGAGCUGGAGAAUGACUACGGUCUGGGAACGUCGGAUGGAGGAGAGCUGCCGUUCGUCACGAUCCGGACCAAACUGGGCCACAAAUAUGUCAUGAGAGAAGAGUUCACGAGGGAUGGUCAGUCACUGCUGAGGUUUCUAGAAGAUUAUUUUGCAGGUCGUCUCAAACGUUACGUCAAAUCCGARCCCAUACCUGAGAAGAACACCGCUGCCGUUAAAGUGGUGGUUGCAGAGUCAUUUGAUGACAUUGUUAAUGAUCCACAUAAAGAUGUUUUGAUUCAGUUUUACUCUCCAUCCUGUCCACACUGCAAGAAGUUAGAACCGGUCUACAAAGAGCUCGCUAACACGUUGUAUUCUGACCCAAAGAUUAUCAUUGCCAAGAUGAAUGCUGUUGAUAACGAUGUCCCGCUGGGAUACGAUGUCCAAGGCUUUCCAACCAUUUAUUUUGCUCCAGUUGGUAAAAAGGAUGAUCCCAUAAGAUACCAGGGCACUCGAGAGCUCAAAGACUUCUUGAAGUUCCUGAAAAAUGAAGCCAGUCACAGUCUAGUUCCCACCGGAGUGAAGGAAGAGCUGUGACAUGUUCAUUCACUGGUUCAAACUGACUACGGUCGAUAAAACCACAAUUUUUCUGUGAUUAAAAACACAGACGUGAAGUGAAAGAAAGAGUCUUAGUCCUGCAGACACAACUUGAACCAGAACAUCCACUAAUUGAUUAUUCUAACAAACAGACUGAUUUCAGUCAGUUUUUUUAUAUUAGUUYAUCAUGUCAUAUGUCCUCACUGAAUAAUUUAUUUAUUGAUCUACUUAUUUAUGAAACCACCUGAUGUGCACUGUUUUUAUUUGUAUUUAUACAAAGUCAUAAUGUAUCUUUUUAUAUUUAUUGCAACAUUUGUGCAAUUUGUUGUCGGUGCUGUGUUGUACUUAUUUAUUUGAACUUUAGCAAAAACUUAAUGUAUUUUUUUUUUACAAUUUUUGUGCCUUUUAAUUCCAGAAGUUCUGCUGAGACUAUUUAAUAAAAUAAGGCCUGACAUUUG